AUGGGGUCCCCCAUAUUGAAGGCGGGGUCCCACCCAUUCCCUCCAGGUUUCCUGAGGGGGGCGCCCAAGGGAGACUGCAGCUCAGUGGAGGAACCUGGGCAGGGCGCCCUAUGCCACUUGCCAAUCUUCCCCAAGCACAGUGUCCCCUCUUACUUGUUCACCUGCGGGGUGCGGGGCCUGAGCCCAUGGGCCCUGGAAGCUGCGAACCUCUUGGUGGCCACCGCAGUUCCCCUGGUAACUGAGACCUACAAUGGUAGCACAGGGCCCGUCAGGGUCAUGGGAUGGAACCUGGGUGAAGCUGUCCUCCCUGGCUGGGAGCCCCCAUUCUCUGUCUUCACCGUGCUGGUGGUAACGCUGCUGGCACUGCUGAUCGCUGCCACUUUCUUGUGGAAUCUGCUGGUACUGGUCACCAUCCUGCCUGUCUGCACCUUCCAUUGCGUGCUGCACAACUUCCUGGGCUCGAUGGCCAUCUCGGACACGCUAGUGGCAGCCGUGGUGAUGCCACUGAGUCUGGUGAGUGAGCAGUCGGCAGGGAGGUGGUGGCGUCUGGGCUGAAGCCUGUGUCACAUGUGGAUCUCUCUCGACGUGCUGUGCUGCAACGCCAGCAUCUGGAAUGUAGCGGCCAUCGCCCUGGACCGGUACUGGACCAUCACGCCCCACCUGCACUACUCACUGAGCGCCAGCUGCCUAGCCUCGGCGCUCAUGAUCGCGCUCACCUGGGCCCUGGUGGCGCUCAUCGCCCUCGCCCCACUGCUCUUAGGCUGGGGCGAGGUGUACGACUCUGGGCGCCAGCGGUGCCAGGUGAGCCAGGAACCUUCAGACGACAUCUUCUCCACCAGUGGCGCCCUUUACCUGCCGCUUGGCAUCGUGUUGUUCAUCUACUGGAAGACCUCCAAGGCGGCCAAAUUUCCUUUCGGUCCCCACCUCCGACGGGCUGUGCUGCCACUGCCCGCCACCAUGCAGGUGAGGGAAAGUCCACAACCCUCCUGGAAAGGCGCCGUUGCUGUGGGUAGUUUGGAGGUCCUGUUUCCUGGCGCCCACCUUGAGGGUCUAUGCUGUCUGAUUCCUCUGCAGGUGCGAUGUUCAGGUGCAGAGGGGCAGGUCUCAGAAGACAAAUGCGAGGUGGAAGGACGAAGUACUGAAAAGCACGUCAAACCCCAGUCCAAGAACUAUAGCAGAUACCUUUCUAAUACUGUUUUCAAUCUGGGACCUAACCAUCGCAUUCUUGAGGGAAAAAAGAUGAAGGAUGUACACAGCGUCAUCAAGAGGCUUUUGCCACCCUCACAAAGAAAUGCAGAUGCUUCACAGCAUCCAAAUCCAAUUCAGUAUCACUGCCUCUAG